UCUUUUCUGGAGCUUAGGAAAGUUUAAAUUUUGGCCACCCGCCGUCCACUUCCUAAUCCUGACCCCUGGCGCCUCGUUGUGAGUGGCUUCCUUUCCGGGCCACAGCUGGAAUCCAGGCGUUGAGAAGAAGGCACGUUUUCACGCCCUCUCUUCCUCCCCGGCUCCCCUCAAGGGCUCUACGCUUGCCUGGUGACGGUGAAAGACCACCCUGACGAGGAUCUGCUGGCCCUCAGCACCGCCGAGGGCUCCGUGGACAUCUCGGCCGCUCUCCGCAGUGAGGAACCCCAGGAGACACAACGGGUGGCUCUCCCCUUUCUCCCCGCCUUCUUCCUCAACCAGAGCGAGAUUGUCCUGAGCAGUUCCCAGGUGACCAGCGAGAUCUUGGUCUUGGGCGCCCGGAGAGUGACGGACACCAUCGAGGCCCAUCCCACUUCUCCCGUGGUGCAAGUGGAUCCCCCCCUCUUCCUCCCGGACAUGCCCGGGCUUGUCCUCUUCCCCGUCCGCGUGGUCAACCUGACCUCCCUCCACCGGAGGGCAGCACCCGUCUUCGUCAACCUCUCCUGCGGCCUCACCGGCCAGCGAGCGGCUGUGCUGGUGCGUCCCGAGCAGGAGCAUCAUCUCGGCUUUGAUCUGUGCGCCGAGGCCAGUCUCGUCCGGCAACUGGUGGGGUCCUACCAGGUCCUCCUCUUCACCGUCUUCGCCGUCCUGGCGUCCACCAUGGUCAUCUUUCUCAUUUACAAUGCCUUCCUGAACAGAGUUCAGACAGUCCCACUGGUCUACAUCCCGUCGGCCUCAACGCAGGACGGCUACCUCUACCCUCCGCUGACUGCCCAGCACCAUCCUUCCAGCCUGAGGAACAGGACUCAGGCCUGGCUCUGGAGCGUGCGGAGAUGACUUCUAGGAGAACGUGGGGGAGAGAGAGUAAAACUUGGUAAAAAUAAAUAUUUAUACGUGGCCGAGCGUCGUCCUUGAAGGGGAAAAGCCCACGCCACUCGCCGGGCUUCCUCCGUGGAGCCACUUUCCGUGGUAACAGCAGCUGUUCAGCCCUCC